CGGGCGGGGCCAGGUGUUCCGGCCGCUCCGCUCGCUCCCUGCCCGCUGCCUCCCGCGCCCAGCGGCCCGGUGCCGCCGGAGGUUCGGUGCCGGGAGCGGAGCGGAGCGGCCGAGCCCCGCCAUGAAGAAGCACCACUCCGUGCAGGGCACCUUCAGCCGCCUCUUCGGCAAGAAGCACGGCACCGCCGCCGCCGCCUCGCUCUUCGCCACCAACCCGCCCUGGAUCUUCAGCCAGGAGGUGACCUCCGACAGCGCGGGCGGCACCGGGGAUGUGAUUGAAGUGUAUUAUGGUGACAAUCGUUUUGGGACAAUGACCGACUCCGGAACCGCAACGCUGAAGCCUCGUCCCAGAGUCCGGCCGCUGCUGACGUUCCUGCCCCUGAACGCCCAGGAAUCCCAUGGGGUGGCCGUGCCAACACCAUCGGUGCCAGAAGACUUUGAGGAAAAAGCAGCUCUUGGCCCUGGCUCUCAGAUGAAUGGGAACUACCGAAUGUACAGCUCGGUGGGGGACCUGCGUCCACAGGCUCUUGAGGGGGAAGAUGAGGAUGAGGACAUCCCUCCACCACCGUCAGUGCCCCCACCACCCCCUCCAACAGCGCGGGCGCUCACACCACCACCUCCAGCCCCCCCAGCCCCUCCGCCGCCCGAAGCGCUGCCACCGCCGCCACCAUCACCUGAGGCGGUGCCACCACCUCCCACAGUGGCACCUCCACCACCCCCAGACUCCACCGUGCCCUCCCCCACCACACCAGCACCUCCAGACUUCAUCCCGCCAGCCCCACCGCUCAGCAAGGCCCCUGCGCCCUUCAGCAAUGGCAUCUCCAAGUGGAAGUCUGAGACAGUGCUGAACACGAGGCAGGUGGAUGAUGAGGGGCCGCUCUGUCCCACUGAGAGCAAGGUGCCGGCUGCCCCCAGUGCAGAGGAGAGCCCGCAGCCCCCCAAGCAGUGCCCCGAGCCCCACCUCACUUUCCCCAGGUCCUUCAAGGUGCCCCCACCGGCCCCAGCCCGCUCCUCCUCCAUCCCCGUGCAGGAGAGUCAGCCCUCCCGCCGCGAGCCCUUCGCCCGGCAGCCCCAUGCGCGGCCUCCCCUCCCGCCCUGCUUCACCAUCAGACCUGCAGCCAAAGCUCAUGCAGGAGAAGCCAAGGAAAGAAAUCCGCCGCUUGGACAGCCCAUCACCAAGGCAGCCCCUCCACCGCUGAGCCCCAAGCCAAGCGCUGUGCUCAGCAGCCGGUCCUCAGUGCCCAGCUCAGAGCCAAAGAACCUCCAGCCAAAAACAGACAUCAAAGACUCUCCUCCAGAAUCCAAAGUUCUCACUGCAAACGACCUGGAGCUGCCCCCUCCAGACUACCCGCCCUGUGAGGAUGGCUGGAAGGAUGCCAGCAGCCUCAGCCAGCUACAGCACGAGCUGUCGGCCCUGCUGCGCUCCCCCAGGAGGGAUGAGAGGCAGCUGGAGAGGCCAGCAGCCUCCCAGCCCACAAAUGGAAGCACCAACCAUACUGGUAGCCGUGGGCCUGAUGGAGCCGGGCUUUCUGGAAAAGCUUUGUCAUCACCCACAGGGGAGGAGAGCAAGAGAAGAGAGGGGCCCAGCAGCAGCCCCAGUACAACUGGGAGCCACCCUGGUGCAGCACAACCAGCGGUGGAGAGCAGCCCCAGCGCUCAGCCCCACAGCGUGAAGAAGAUCAGGAGCGAGCUGGAGGCUGUGUUUUCCCUGAAGAAGGAAAGGAAGCCAGCCCUGGGGCUCGGUGGCGAGAAACAGGGCCCUGAGGAUGGCGGCAGUGCCUCACGUUCGGGGUUGAGCCCCCCUCAGCCAGGUGACACUGUGCUGCUGAAACCAGCCCCAAGCUCACUGCCAGCCCCAGCGGCUGCUGCGGCUGUGGAGAAGACAACAGAGCAGGAGGAGCAUCCUGCUCCGAUCAUCCCUGCUGCUAACAAGACCACGGAAAGCUCAACCCCUGCUCCCAUCAUCCCUGCUGCUAACAAGGCCACGGAGAGCUCAAUCCCUGCUCCCAUCAUCCCUGCUGCUAACAAGGCCGUGGAGAGCUCAACCCCUGCUCCCAUCAUCCCUGCUGCUAACAAGGCCACGGAGAGCUCAACCCCUGCUCCCUGCUCCCCUGACAGCAAUGUGAGUGCCCCAAGCCCAUCUCAGACACCAGCGGAGGAGCCACCUUCUCCCCUCGUCCCAUCGCCCCCUGUUUCUCCAGCACCGCAGCCCAGCGCUGCUGUUUUCCAGUACAAAGUGCACCGGGCUGGGGCUGGUGGAGCUGAGCCUGCUUGCCCCCCGAACUCGGCCAGCAGCCCCCCAGGAGUUCCAGGCACAGGGCAGGAGGAGGUGCUGAUCCACCCGGUGACAGGAGAGCGGGUGGAGCGGGGCUCCCCCAUGGCACUGCUGCUGGCAGCCCGGCAGCGUGCACAGCGGGGCCGCCCGGGCAGCGAGGCGGGGGGUCCGCCAAGGGCCAGGCCGCACGCCAAAUUGGGCAGCACCACAUCAGAAACCACCUCCAGCACCAGUUUCUACCGCCACGAAUCCAAGCCCUACUCCUUCACUGUGGUGCCCCGGCCCUCGGCAGCACAGAGCAAGCCGCCAUCCUUCUCCAGUUCCUCAGAGCAGGGCCGGGCAGCGGGUGAGGGGCAGCCCCCAGGGCAGCAGCGAGCUGCGGCCUCCAGCCUACUGCGGGGCCUGCUGGAGCUGGGGCAGCCAAAGCACCCCGAGCCUGCCCGCCACGCCAUGCCUGGAGAGGAGGAGGAGAACGGAGAGACAGCGCUGGACUACACCAUCAUCCCCCCACCCCCCGAGUUCAGCAAUGAGGCAGAUGAUGUUGAUGGAAUCCCACAGAGCCGCGAGGGGAACCGCAAGUGCCCCAGCUUCCCUGACUCCAGCCGGGGCUCUGACGCACCGCGGUACUUCAGGUGGCCCGGCUACGGUCGUAACUACGGCUAUGGGAGCAGCCAGGAGCCAGGAGAGCAGAGCAGGAGGAACGGCGACAUGGCACCCCCGUGCCCAGAUUACAGCAGCUCCGCUGGUUACCUCAGCCGAGGGCCGAGCAGCCGCCCGCUGAUCAAAAAGCGGCUCUACGUCUCCGAGCCUGAACAAUCCUAUCCCAGAGCAGCUGCCCGUGGCACAGUGCUCCCUUCCUACGGCUCUGGGGCAUACAGCUCCUCGGCCGGGGAUGGGGCCCGCCGCCUCAGCUCUGCCCACUGGAACGGCCCCGGUAGUGCGCAGGGCAGGCGCACCUCCAUGGAUUCGGCUGGGAAAGCUGGGCCGUACGGUGGGGCUGACGCCAAGUACAAGGGGCAAAAUGGGGACUUCUUAGUAGCUGGCAGACCUUCCCACGGCAGCUCGCAGUAUGGCGGACCCACCAACACCUUCACGGUCAGACCCGGGGCACGGCAGCCCAUCUCCUACACCUACCAGAGUGGGCACCGAUAGGCUCGUCCAUAGGGCUGCUCCACUGCCUUCGUCCUUCUGCUGGGAAGAGACAACGAGGUGCGUGGUGGGGGGAGGUCUUCUCCACCUGGCCAGCAAACACUGCUCAACACUACUGAGGAUGAACGUGGAGAGCAAACCUGGGACUUGGACUCUUCAAAAAGACUGUCAUGGAGCAUAGUUACUGCAGACCAGCUACUGUUAUGUGAGCAAAGAUGUUUUUCCUUCUCUUCUUCCCUCUCCCCCAGUAUUAUUUUCGAAUUUGCAGCCUGAUAGGUCUUCUAAACUGUAGGAGACGCUUCGUUUAAAGAUCAUUGUCACUGGAGAAGUUGGGUUUUUUUGUUUAAUUGUGCUUAGGAGUGGGGAGAAGCCAAAGCUGGAGAUGUGUGUAAUGGAAGCAAGCCAGUAUGUAUCUGAAUUUAGGGGAAUUAAGAAUGUGAGGUCAAUUGGAUAGAAAUAGUUUAGGAUGCCUAGAUCACUGCCCCGUCAGCCUUGAGUGAACCCAUUACGCUGAUGCCUUAAGCCAGCUCACGCUGUCAGUGCCCAUCCCCAGGGCCAGGGGCAGCCACUCUGCAAGCACAACCCUUGCUUUCCCACUCCUUUGGUGCCUGCAUGUUUCUGUUACUCGUUCUUUGUCAUGGGAGGCUGCAAGGCUGGUGGCUGUAAAGCACGUUGGCAGUAUGAGACAUUGAGCAGCUUUUCCUCUGCCGGAGCUGGUGGACGUUAGUGACUCACCAGAAUGGUACCAAUGGUGCUUUCCUCUAGGAUCGUUUGUGCCACAGAAACCCCGCUUCCAAAAACAAAGCUGCUUGGUCUUUAUAAACUGUUAUACUGAGAUGUGGCUUUAGUUUGAUCUAGGGGACGGAUAAGCUAAGUUUUGGUGUAACUGUAAAGUUUUUGACACUCCGGGGUGUGAGGUACCUGAGGGACCUAUCUCCAGCUGUUUCCAUCAGCACAUCGUGGACACUUUGGUGCAGAUCUGCCUGAAGGAGCUGGUGCUGUGGGAUGGGAGAGGAGCGUGGUCUGAAAGAGGGUAUUUCGCACUUCAGUCAGCUGUAGUGAGAGUGUAUUGCUGUGAGGUUUUGAAUAGCUAACUUCCUGAAAUUAGAAACAAAUCUUCCUCCCAGGUAAACUUGCUGCAAAUCACUGUAAGAUAGGUGUAAAAACUUGUAGAGAGUAUUUUCUAAUCGCUGACAAACUGAAAGCACUUUGAGACACGAGUCUACCUUUAUUGAAAGCACUUUCUAUUCUCAAUGGCAUACAGUAUCAUUACUUCCAUUCAAGCUUAUUCUGCUUUGUGUUGCGAGUAGAUUUUGCUCUACAAUUUGAUUCAAAACUCGGUGAUAAAUUUUCUCCUCACAGUGCAGAUUUCAGAAGUUAUCUUUAUUAAUGUCACGCUGUUGACAUUCUGUUUUACUUUAUUUCCAACUCUACCUAAUAAUUUAACAGCUGUUUCGAACGCUGCAGAGGCUUCAAAGUAUUCUGAACUUUACUUUGCUGUGAAUAAAAUGAGAACGCAAAUACCAUAAUCAGCCUAAUAGCUAAUUCAUAGGAUGUUUUUAUGCCAGUAACUCACAGUGACUUGGAAGGCUUCCAGCCGUGCUCACUCCAGCUGGUAUUGAAACAGCGCAUUUUAAAUGGCUGGAUGUUGGUUUGUGGAGGAAAGUAACUAUGGAGUGACUAGGCAGUGACUCCCUGGGCUCGUGUACUGUGUGCGUACAACAGCCAUUUAUUUGCCAAUCCCCGCCCCCAGUGAGGAAGCUCCCCAUGUGAGGAGUGUCCUGAGAACGCUUAUUUAUCUCUGGGAGUGAAGCUGGGAUCCUGUCUGCGUAGCCCUGGGGUUGUGUUUCACACAUGCAGGGUGGGAUUUCACCACUGUCCCCUAAACCGAAGAAGUUUCACUGAUAAUAUUGCGACCUGAUCGUUUUGCUUCCUGAUGUAGGCUUUCGCAUAAUGAGUUAAACUGCAAAUUAAUUCCUAAAGUUAGCUUAAAGACUUGCUGGGAGACUUCAGACUUGGAGAUGAAUUCUUUACACAUACACACACAGUUUCUGAAUUGUCUCCCUCUCUUGUGAAUUCUGCUCAAUCUCAACAAAAAUCCCCAACAAAAGUUUCAUUUUUUUCAAAGCAACAUUGGCACUUGCUUUGAAUUCCAUGUUUGUUGUUUCACCCAGACACGCAGUUCACCCGUAGCUGUAACACGGUGCUACAUAGCGCGGAGAAUCUUGUUUCUAGCAGAUAGACAUUGCUUUAAAUUAACUAGCAGAAGCAUGGGAAUGUAAGUCAGGUUUGUGUAACAAUCAUUUAUUUACUCAAAGAACGCCCAUUCUGGGAAUGCAUAUGGACUAAGCUGUAAUGAAACUGGGUAGGACUUCCCAGUAAAACUGGUUAACGUGAAUGUUUGAAGCAUUGAAAUGAAUUCUGUUCUUUAGACACUGCGGGCUAUCCCUGCUGCUUUAGGAAAAUAGUAGAAUUUCAGUACGACUAAACACACCAAGGCCAUAGGGAACUGUUUGCAUUCCAAAGAAAUCGCUGUCAGAGCUGCUGACAGGCAGAAGCUCAGUGCAAUGAGCAGUGAGGACUCUUCUCAGCUGCUGGGAGCUCCCUCUUGGCCGGGUGAUCUUGUUAGCACAGCACACACAUCCACUCUACUCUGAUUCCUGUUUCUCUUCCUUCUCCCCCAGCUGCUUUACUACAUAAACUUAGCGAUAGAGGAGAGAAAUGGAGGGGUAGUAACAGAGCCAAGUGACCUCAUAGUGCUGGAAGAGAUCCUGAAAGCUGACAGUGGAAUUCGUAAUGCCUCAACCCUCUCUUGCCAGUGUGGUCAUUCAAGUCUUGAUACAACUUAAAUGAGCCCCUGCAAUCUCCUCUAAAGCACCUGCUAAUGUAGUAGAACUGAUAGCUCUACUUGUAAAGUGUUUGAACAAAGUCUCUUAUUUAUGAGUGCCACUGAACACCAGCCUUCUUGCAUUAAAUGUGCCUGGAUGUAUUGUUUUA